GUUUAUUUUUUGUCUUUUUUCGAUUACUCGUCUAUCCUACUUUGUCAUUUCCUUUCUUUUUCUUUGCGUUCACUCUUAUACUUUUCUCUUUCUCUUAUUCUUUUCUUUCAUCCCCCUUCUCUUCUUCUUUCUCAUUCCUUGAGUACCGGGACAGUCAAGGCACAGAAACGUGAUAACUAUUGACUGUAGAAUUUCCUCGACUUGAAUCUACCGCACUUUUACACCCCUUCAUCCAUACAUAAAAGACAGACGCACACAACACACAUUAUGAACAAGAAAGAGCUGUGCACCGGGCUUUGGGGCCAAUUUGUCAAAGACACAAAGGUGUUUGCAAAUCAGAUCUUUGGCAAAAUUUUGAACAAACCUCCAGCAGGACCAUCUACCCAAAGUGCAUACGAACACCAACGUCAAUACGAUUCACAGUAUCACCAUCAGCACCCCUAUUCUAACGUCUCCUACACUAGCACUCUCUCCCUUGUCAACAUCACCACAGCAUCUCAUAUCUCACUCGAAUCAUCAGCCACGUAUCAUCACAAUCCCAUCCAAGAAAUGACUCUCCAAUAUGAAUCUCUGUGGGAGGUGCAGCUUGCUCUCGGAGAGAUCCCCAGUAUAUUUGAUGCAGGAAACAUCUUGCAGCCAUACCAGUCAUCACAGUACACACCGUUCCCAUCCCGACCUCCAACAGAGCCUAUUCAAUACCCGCAUCAAUAUCAACAGCAACGACCCUGCCAAGACUACAGCCUCCCAGACUUGGCCACUUCAAUCUCCUCUUCAUUUUCACCAUCACCCAUGAGCUUCGAAGCAAAAACCAAGCAUCAGUUCCACUCACCUGGAGGGUCUGGAAAUGCAGGGCAUCUUUGGUUCCGACCCAUUGCAGCCCAAGCACAUUCAUACACGUCUUCUCAUUUUUUUUCCACAUCUGUUGAUGAGGCAGUGUUGGAAUAUACAUUCCCUAUCCGCGAUUCUUCUAUCUGUAUUUCUCAAUCCAACAGUGAUAUUAAUGAGCCAGAUGAUGAUGUCUAUGAUGAUGAUGAUGGCGAUGACGACGAUGCUAUGAUUAAUAUGCCGAGCAAGGUCAGCGAGCUCCGCCAUGACCGUAAAGAUAGUGGUGUUUUCAUACAAGAUGGCGAUGAGGGAAUCAUUCUCCAACGUUCACCGAAAACAACUGCCACUACUACCGCUACCAUCACUGCUGCCACUGUUACUGCUACAACGGCUUUUAGUUCCGAAAAGAAAGUAAUUUACACUCCUGACCACGCGUCUGAGGAUGAGAACGAGUAUGUAUACCUGCCUGUAAAAGGGCAUUGCCUAGAGUUGCGAUCCCGAAUCAUGGGUGACGAUAUCUUGCACUCCGACGCGGGAUUACUUGCGCUGUCUCUUCCAUCUCUGAUGGCAACUGUAUCUACGCUUUCAAUACAGGCAUAAAAAUACUCCUACUUCCCGUUACAUUGUCACACAAUACACAUCUACAUUCAUGAACACAUCACUUGCACACCCAUACAAACAUACAUCCCCCC